GUCGGAGGGGCUGUGCUGAGGGCAGGCAGACCUUUUCUCUAAGGGUCUAGGGGGUGGGAGAGAGAAGCACAUUCUCUGAUAUGAGCUCCAGUGUACGGCAGCUGUCGGUGUGGGUUGAGCGAUGGGGAUUACGACGGGAACGGAAGCCUUGGUGCUGUAAGAGGAGGAGCGGUUCUGAGUAUGAGUUGGAGCUUGAACGGACUGACCCCAUUGCGGUGUCUGAUGUCAGGGCGAUAAGAAGGAUCCGCGAGAACAAGCUAAGGCAAUUAAACGCCAUUUUAACGUGUGACUUGGAGUGGGAAUGGUUUAGCACACUCACAAUCAAAAGUAUGAUGUUCACUGAGAAGACUAACACUGCCGUACCUCAGAAGCCUGGACAGAAGAAGACAAGGCCUCAGGGUCUUCCAUCUCCAGCUCUUUGUUGUGCCUGUGGCCUCUGCAUCAUGUUGGCAGGAAUUAACAUAACUCUUGUAGGAGCCUUUGCAUUUGGUACCUUCUUACCAGUGAACAAUCCCCCUAUCAUCAUUGGGCCCAUCUUGCUGGUGGUUGCCUUCGCCUUCUUCGCAGCCUGUUGCAUCUGCAGUCGGAGACCUCCAGCUCACGGCCAGAGGAAGUCCAAACCUGGAUCCAACAUUGGCAUCAUUAAGCCAGGCCAUGCCACAUUUGAGAUUGAGACCAGUGAGCAUACAGUGCAAGACACGACUGCAGUCCAGCUCAGCCCCACAAACUCACCAGUGUCUUCUAAGAAAUCCACCCCAGUCCAUGAAAACUCAAAGACAUGCAAACUAUUUACAAUGGAUGCCAACAAUCCCGGAGCCAAGUAUACAGCUGGCGCUGAGGCAAUACAACUGAACCUUCCCCGGGACUUGGGCUCAUCAUCAUAGAACUGGCUUGAGCUCUGAGUGCAAAACUACCCUUACUGUACAAUGUCAUGGCAAAGUCUCCUGAACUGUCCACCAGCAGAAACUUGUGGUUAAGUUUGAACAACCAAUGCUGCAAACUACAUUAAUCUACCUUUCUGUAUGAACUGCAGUCACCUUCAUUUUUACAGUUUAUGUUAUUUGAACAGUGAUCUUUUAAAUCUCCUGCUGUUUUUUGAGAGCAAAGUGCACAUGAGGCAGAACUUAUUCUAUACAAAUGUUUUUUAAGCAGAACUUUGAAAUUUGACAACAAAAGCACUGUCUGACUGUAACUUCAUUAAGCCCCAAAUCACAAGACAGUUGCAAGCAUCUGUGCAAAAUACAGACACGGUGCGAAGUUAAUUGGUUCAGAAGUGUAAAGACCAUAAACACUGUACCAAAAGUAUUUUGUCAUGGUAAAGGGUUUUGUUACCAGACGUGCAUUUUUUUUAUCAUGC